GCCAUUUAUCGUCAACGAUAUUUCAUUGCUGUCGAGAGGAACUUAUUUGUUAUUCAAAGAUGACGUAAUCUGACAAAUUAUGGUUAUAUUUGAGCUAUUUUUUCCAAUUUUUAUAUAAAUGAUUUUAUUUUGUGGACAAAUAAAACAAAUAAAGUGUUUUAUUUGCCAACAUUGUAUAUAUUGGAAGUCUUUUUUUAUUUACGUUAUUUCUGAAAAUCGACUCCAAUAUAUUGACUUUUAUAAUACAUUUACCUUGAUUGUUCCUAUUCCACUCUGAGAGAAAUAUUUACGAGAAGCCUAGUUUAUUCGGCAGACUUGGUUGCCUCCCUGAGCUGUGACCCGUGUGUCGGGCAGCAGAUCCGGCGAGCUUGCGGCCGGGUCCGAUGGCGCUGGUACAGACGCUGAGCUCGGCUGGUCCCAUGUCGCCUGGCGGAGGCGGUGGCGGCGGCCCGUCCGGUCUCGUCGAGCCGCCGCUGGUCGCUGCGUCCGCGCCGGCGGCGCCGGCGCAGCCGGAGCCCGAGGAGCCUGUCAUCGACAUCGUCAUCAACAACGUGGUGUCCAGUUUCAGCGUCAGCUGCCACCUGGACCUGAAGCACAUCGCGCAGAACGGCCACAACGUCGAGUACCGGCGGGAGAACGGGAUGGUGACGAUGAAGAUGCGGCGGCCGUACACCACGGCUUCUAUGUGGUCCUCCGGUAAGAUCACGUGCACGGGCUCCACAUCAGAGGCCGAGGCGCGCGUGGCCGCCCGCCGCGUGGCGCGCUAUCUGCAGAAGGAGCUCAGCUACCCGGCGCGAUUCCGAAACUUCCGCGUGGUCAACGUGCUCGGCACGUGCACGAUGCCGUUCAGCAUCAAGAUCGCCGACUUCUCGCAAAAGUACCCUCGCAUCGCCUGUUACGAGCCGGAGCUUCAUCCGGGCGUCACGUACCGCAUUAACCACCUCAAGGCCACUCUGAAGGUGUUCUCCACGGGCAGCAUCACAGUCACAGCGCCGUCUGUGAGCGCCGUCCAGCAGGCCAUCGAGCACAUCUUCCCGCUGGUGUACGAGUUCCGCAAGGACAAGUCGCCGGAGGAGGCGGCCGCGGCGGCGGCGGCGCGCGCGCGGCAGCUGGCCGAUUCGGACCUCGAGCUGGACGACAGCUCGGACGGCUCGGACGACUGACGGCCGCCGACCGGCCCCUCGCCACAUAGCUCUUUCGCCCCGAGCCAAAGAGGCGGCCGCGGCGGCGCUAGUCAGAGGCGGCCGACCGCCGCCCCCGCCGCUGCAGCUCGACAUUAGGGCGGCCGUCGGCGCCACCAACCAGUGUCUUCACGGUGCCGCGCGCGCGCUCAGUUGUUCUUUUUUUUUUACUUUGUGAUACGGGCAGUGUGGGCGCGCGUGCCGCCGGACGCUGUGGCCUCAGGGUGAGCCCGCCGAACUGGAAGGCCGACAAACGGGCACAGAGGCAUUCUCAGACGACGUGUUUGUUAUUGGACGUGUGAGUGCGAUGUGUUGUGCGCCCGGAGACAGCGCCACUAUCUCAGUGCCGGCGCAGCGCGGGUGCGGCGCCGUCCGAAGCCCGGCACACCGUUCCAGGGGUCGGCCGGCUGCCGGCACCGCUCGCCCGGCCCAGAGCUUCCGCCGUCCGCCGGCCGGCGUGAGACCAACGCGUGCCAGUGUGUACGUGCGCGUGCGUAUUGUGUGCGUAUGAAGCCGCCUGGCGACCACGUACUAUAGUGCAUGUCUGUCGGCUGUCUCUCGGCUGUUGUUUGCAUUCACGACGCUGUUGUGCUGUCCUAUCUUUAAGUUACUUUUCGUUUUGUUUGAUGUAAUAUCGCUUGCUUGUUCACUGAGACCGACGAGUUUACCAAGGGCCGCCUCAGCCGAGACCUGCCCUACUCCAAGCCAGUCCAAAGUCCAUAUUCUCGACUAGGUCCUUGUCCUCCACGUAGCCAGUCUGAGUGUCACCUCAGUCAUGGGACCUGCUCCUUUCUCUAGCCAGUCUAGCCGAGUUGCCGUUUGAUCCAUUCGCGUUCGUUUGCGCACCGAACGCUUAGUCGAAUCCUACAAAGAAGUGGCUGAUUUUCGUACAUCGUUCACCGGUGCUUUGUGAGGCACGCGUAAUAUUGUUGGCAAUACACUGUGUCACCAGUUCAA